CCCGCGACGCGCACCUGGUUCAGUCCGUCGUCGGCUCCUGCUGGCCGGUGGUGCCGCGGGGGUGACCUCGCCGCUGCUGGUCACCUGCCACGAUGGCGGUGUUUCACGACGAGGUGGAGAUCGAGGACUUCCAAUACGACGAGGAGACGGAGUCGUAUUUCUACCCCUGCCCGUGCGGAGAUAACUUCUGCAUCACCAAGGAAGACUUGGAAAACGGGGAAGACGUGGCGACGUGUCCCAGCUGCUCUCUCAUUAUAAAAGUGAUUUAUGACAAAGACCAGUUCAUGUGUGGAGAAACAGUUUCAGCCCCUUCCACCAAUAAAGAGUUGGUUAAAUGCUGACGAAGUCUGUAGGAAUCCAAAUCAUGAACAGUUGAGAAAGGAGCCACGCUGGAAAAUCGAAUGCAGAAUUGCCAACCCCCUCUUGGGGACAACUACUCUGUGGUUUGCUAUUCACUCGUAGUUGUGGACACUCCCUCAGCUGCUGUGUUCAUCGAUUCAGAUAGCCGGGCCACAAUACAAUGUGUUUCGAGUUCCUCCUAGAACUUUGAAUCCUAAGUGUUCGUUGUUUCCUAUCAGAACUUAAAGAACAGCAAUUGCAGAUCAGUGCUUGCUUUCCCUCAGUUUUGCCAUUUUAUAUGUCACACCUAAUUAACUUCAUUGUUUGACUAUAUCAUUAUCUACCUCAGAGUCAUUAGGAUUCUUAAUUAGAAAGGGAUUUUAUUUUUGACUCCGGUACUAAGAUUGUCCAAUUGGAACGUUUCUUUGGUAUUUGAACUCUGCUGUUCUCAGCGUAAGAGAUGAAAACUGCACAUUCAGUACUCUGCCCGGCCAGUCUCCUCAGUCUGUCAUUAGAAUGUUUUUCAUCUGUUUAGCAUGCUGUUUCCUGUAUACAUCAUGCAUUACCAGUGGACCUGGUACUAACGAAACAUAUGCUGGACUCUCAGUUUCUUCAAGUGAACAGUUAGAACAAAAGAAAGAAAAGAUAGGGCCAGCGAAAUGAUACAGGGAUUAAGGCCUUGCAGAGUCAGGGCUAUAGAGUUUCCUUACUUUUUUUCUGCAUAUUCCUUGAAAAUCAGGAGCAUAGCAACGAGAAAAAUCGUCAGAGAAAGUAAAAUUUUUACCAGGAGACCAAAACAGACCUACUUGAAGAAGGAAACGCUCAAAUCAUUUAGAUUCUUGUUUCUUUUUAGACAAAGAAAUUGCUUGUUAGAUUUGGUUAGUGUCAGAUCUUCACAGUUAGUGAAAGUGCUUUCAGCCACAAUUCUUGUAUAUGCUGAUGAUGACACUGAAAAUGAGAAGCCUAUUCUAAAUAUGCCCAGAAGGUAUAUCUGAUAGCCCCUUGUAGCAUGCAACUUAACCAAACCUUCACUCUUACAGAUACUGUCUCGGAGAAAAGAAAACUAGAAUAUCAGUCUCCUUUUGCUGCAGUGCUCAGUAGCAAGAAAUUAGAAUCACAUGGAAAUACUUGCAAAUUCACAUUACAUACACAACUUUUCUCUGUGUAUAAGAUUUUAAAAGCAUGGGUUUUGGGGAAUGGCACCUGUAGUUAGAACAAGAGCUUAUGGCCCUCCUGCUUGUGCAUGUCCCCGGGGCUUCCUGAAAACCAGUGAGGGCCCCUUUUCAUGCGCCAGAAGUCUGGCUUUAUGCAGCCGUGGGCUGACAUAGUCAUUGGCCAUUUCAUGCAACUUUUCUUCCCUAAAUACCAGUUGGCCAGCUAUGCUGGGAGGGCUUGGCAUAGUCUGAAGUGGUAUAUGGCAGCCGCUAGAUGGGGUGAGAAAUCAUGGAGCUAUUUGAGACCCAAAGAAAUUAUUGGGAACUGGAGGCUGCCCAGCAGAGCAGGGCGCAGCUGAGUGUGGGAGUGUGUUGUGAAGGCUUGACACCCCUUACUGAGAUGAGAACCCUGUGUGUGUCCGUGCUACGUGCGCUCCUGCUGCCAGCACAUUUUAGACAAGAUUUCCCCCAAUGCAGUAGGUCUCCUGUGGGUACAGAGGAGCAGGAAGAAGGCCCAUACCCAGAAGAGAAGCUCAAAGAGCACUGGCGUGCAGUGAUGAGUAACGGGGCUGCGCUCGUGGGAAUGAUUGUGUUCCAAAUCAACUGAACUGCUGAAUUUCUCCUGAACCACAGAACACAUCAGGAUUAAAUCCUCGGUUAAGCAGGUAAUAUCAUGGACUUUCCCAUCAGGCCAGAGUCAGUGUGAUAAGCGUGCCUUAGGUAGCUCAGCACCUCUAGGAACUGACUUUCAGUCCAGUUUCUGUGUUACCAGUUGUUAUUCCCUGGGUAAGCCAGCAGAAUGCCUCAUCUGUAUACUCAGUACACCUUCAGUUGUUGUCUUUCCAGGUUAUAGAAGCUGAGAUGGUCUUUUUGAACUUGAAACUAGAUCCUGAAUUACAGAGAAGGAAAUGCCAUCCGUCUUCAAUAUUAUAGGGAUUCGGGAUGUGGCUCAGCACAGAGUUCUUGCCUUGCAUUUGCAGGGCCUCUAGUUCCAUCCCUGGCCCAGGGCAGGUGUGGUGAAAAAUACAUACAUGUUUAUGUAGAUGCACGCAUAUGUACAGCUAAGUUUAAAGAUGCUGCAUAUACUUUUAUACACUCGGGCACUUUUCUUGGAAAAAUGCCCAGACUUUUUAUGUACAUUUAAUUUAUUAAAUUACA